GAAAUUGGUUGGUUUCUGUCUAUAUUGAUAUCUAUAAUUUUUCUUUUUCUCCAUUAUUUUGUUCGUAAAUUAAGAAAACGAUUUUUAUGUCUAUAAAGUAUAAAACAAUCUUUAAAGUUCAUAAUAUACGUUCCUGUACAACAUGAACCAAUCAGAAUAAAAUUAAUUGAAACGACCCGACAACCGAUCGCUUGUCGGACUAAAUUGAUCAAAUGAAUGUAAAUAAUAAAACAAUAAGAGCUCGGUGUCAAGUGAUUUCUCCGCCCACUGCAGCACACAGAAUCAUUAUGUGUUCAGUGAGCUAAUGGGUGAAGUGCUUCGAAUAAAUUGUUCAUGUUAUUGUGAAAGUGAAAUUGUAAGGUGGAGCCAGUGAUGAAAGUUGAUGAUUUCUGGUGAUAAUGUCUGGAGAAGGAGAGCGCGCGUCCCGGCCGAACUCGCUUCUACUAGAAGCGCCGCCGCCUGAACGGGAGCCGCUCCAUUUUGAUGUGCAGCUGGUAGGGGCACCGCCCGAGGUUGAGCAGCUCGUCAAUAACAUAAAACAAGUCGCUGAAGACUUCCUCUAUCACUGGAAAACAUUUCCUAUCGUUUUACCGCCAUCACGUUUCACUGGUCCGGGCAACCGUCCAUCGGACAUUAUCAUCGCUCCACCAUGCGACGAGUUGGACGCAGCAGCGCUGGACGCCGGCCUAGAGCCGCAUCCACUGUCGCCAAAGCAACUACAUGCUAUCAGAGAGAAAGGAGAGUUCGAAGUGCCGUCCCGCCACUUCCCAGGGCAGACGCACGUGUGGCGCGUGGCGAGUUGGCUUCAACGCGGACGGGUGCGGGCACGGGAGGAAUUGUACAGCCACGUGGCGCGCGCGGUUGCACUCAUUGUCGUGGUCGCCAGGGACCGCCUGCUCAGGGAUGAGCCCCUCUCUGUGAUAGCGGGGGCGAAAUCCAUGAUUAUGGGUUUACAAAGACUGCUGGAUCUCGCUUUCGGUAUGCCUUCGCUGGAAGCUCGUGAUCUCGAGAAGAAAAUACGCGAAGAACGAUCUCGAUAUUUAGUUGCGGAACUUAUUUGUAAGCCCGAGCACCAGGAGGACAUAGCGGCGCUGGCGGCGUGGGUGACACGAGCGAUGCGGCGCGCUGCGUCCGAGAAGACGGACGCGCGCGACACCCCGCGGCCCGUGCCCAGGGUGCCGUGCCUCUACACCACGCCGCAGCGGACGCAGGUGGACCUGCGACUUUACCGCCGUGACUUGCUGCGUCGCGCCGCGGCGCCCUUACAAGCGAUACUGGAGCGAGAGUCGCGCGGCUGGUUUCUACACUUUAGGGAACGGAAAGCUGCACAGCUCGCCAGUCAGAAGAUGCCUAUGAAGGAUAUCGAAGAGGAGGUGCGGUCGGCGGCGAUGCGCGAGUACGUGUCGCGCGUGUGCGACGCGGUGCUGGACAGCGAGCCGCUGGCCGCGCUCGGGCCCGACGUGCCCGCGCUGCUGGCCGCGCAGCUGCGCGCCGCCGCCGUGCUCGACAGGGCGGAGGAGGGCGUGCGGCGGCGGCUGGAGGCGGGGCUGGCGGCGGCGGAGGCGCGGCUGCGCGCGGCGCGCCCCCUGGCGGCGCGCGCGGGCGCGUGGCGGCGCGAGCGGCUGGCGGCCGCGGCCGCGCGCCUGCGCGCCGAGCUGCGCUGGGCCGCGCUCGAGGACGCGGCCGCCGCGCUGCACGCGCACGGCCUGCUGCAGCACCGCUACUUCCUGCUGCGCGACCUCGCCUUCCAGCGCGACCGGGAGCCGCUCCUCGUCAAGGAGCUGCGCGCGGCCAAGAGCCCGACGCGCGAGUUCACGUGGGCGACGCGCAUCUGGCUGCCGCAGCGGUGGGUGGUGGUGCGCCACUUCCGCGGCCGCUCGGAGCGCAUCCCCACGGUGCUGAGCGCGCGCGCCACGUCCAUCGUGACGCCGCGCUCCGACCCGUCGCAGCCUGUGUUCCUCGUGCACAAGGAGCGCGUGCGCACCACCACCACGCGCUGGCCCGCCUGGCGGCUGCUCAACCUCGCGCACAGGACAUGGUGCUGGAGCUGGAACAUGAUGUUCCUGCUGGGCGUGCUGGUGCCGUGGUGCUCGCCGCUGUCCCUGCGCACGCUGCUCUGCGUCAGACCCUUCGUGCCGGACUACGAACUGUCACAGGUAAAUGGCACGCUAUUCCCUAAAAGAAGCAGCGAGACUCAGACGAUGUGGUCGCGACUACUGACGCUGUGGAGGCACGUCUCCAAGGAACGGACGCGGUUCGAGACAGAGCCCGACACAGGAUUAUUAGGCAAGGGCCUGAGUCGGCAAGCGAACCGAGUGUGGAACUACGGCGUGGUGGGGGGGCUGGGCUCGGUGUGCCUGCUGUUAGUGUUCCCGCUGGUGGCGCUGGUCAGCAGCGUGGUGUCGCUGAUGGCGGCAGCCAGUGUACCGCUGUGGAUGCCCGUGCUCACACUUGCCGUUCACGCUGGCAAUGCGUUGCUGUACGAGACCGACUGCCCCGACCCGUCCCGGCUCAAUAGAUGGCUAGUACUGUUGGAAGUGCUAUUAUGGCGGAUCGGUAUACUAGGUAUAUUGCAACCAAUCGCCGCGGUUAUUGUUGCGGUCAUCCUCUGUCCACUGUUCGCUGUACUGCUACUUGUCGGCGGCGUGUCGUGGUGGGCGGCGCGCGGCGUGUGGGAGGAGGCGUGGUGGCGCGGCGUGGUGGUGCGGCUGGCGCGCGUGCCCGCGCACGACUCCGCCUUCUGCCGCCGCGUCGACGGGCCCGGCCUGCGCACGCGCGCCUACUACCAGAUCACAUGUGCGCAAGCGCUGGCGGCGGCGACGGCGCGAGCCGAACUAGAAGCUCUCGCCGCGUGGGCGGCCGAUCUCGAACGUGCCAUCGACCGUCCAUUGCGCGACUACAGGCACUUUGUCGACGCCUGCUUUGGGCCGUUCUCCGUCCAGAUCGCUAAGACGGGCGCGUACCGGCAGCUGGAGCGCGAGUGCUCGGAGCUGGCGGCGUCGCUGCGCGAGAAGGUGGCGGCGCGCCGCCGCGACCUGGCGCUGCCGCUCACCGACGCCGCGCGCGCGCGCGUGCGCAUGACCGCCGCCGACCUCAGGCGCGCGGUACAGGCGAUCGCGACGGAGCUGUCGCGCGUGUGGAGCAGCGUCGCCCGCAACGAGGAGUGGUGGAGUGCACGCGGCCUCGACACCGGCGACUGGCACGCGCUCGCCGCCAACACGCUCGUGGACGUGUUCGAGGCGGAGGUGCUGGUGGCGCUGCAGGAGGGCGAGGCGCGGCUGCCGCUGGAGAGCGGCGCGGGCGACGGCGCGCGCGGCUGGGCGGCGCGCUGCGGCCGCGACCACGCGCCGCCCGACGUGCUGGCCGAGCGCGACGACUGGCGCCGCGACACCGCCGGCUCGUGGUCGGAGUGGUGGUACGGCGCGGCGCCGCGCGUGCCGCCGCCGGCGCUGGAGCUGGCGGCCUUCAGCCCGCGCGCGCCGCCGCAGCCGCCGCUGCCGCCGCCCGCCGCCGUCGCGCUCGUGCUGCACAACAGGGAAUCAGAUAACCCAGUGCCAUUGGAUUCGGAGUUAUGUGCCGAGAUAUUGAAGAGUUUAGAGGACGCGCCCGACUCUGAUGAUAGACCAGAGUGCGUGGAGCGGUACCGCGGCGGCGGCAGCAGCGAGGCCGGCACCAGUGACACCAGCGACGCGUCGCCCGACGACGAGCGCGACAGCCGCCAGCCCGGCGACCUCUCCAGCAGGAGCCGAGCGGGGUCGGGGACUAGUACGACGGCGGGCGCGGCGGCGGCGGGGAGUGGUGCGGCGACGGCGGGGAGUGGUACAGCGGCGGCGGCGGCGGCGGCGGCGGCGGCGGGCGGCGCGGCGUGCCGCUGGACGCUGACGGGGCGCGGCGUGCGGCUGCGCGCCGACCUGGCCAGCCCCGAGGACGUCACGCUCGACGCAGACCGCCACGUCGGCACCUCCGUCUGAGCCAGCGCGCACGGCCCUAUACGCACGCUACAUAACUUGACCAUACUCCCUCUGGGCUUGGCUACAAAUAUUUAAAAUUAAUUAUGCCCAUGUGAAAUUUAUAAAUGGAUCGAGCAUAAGUUGUCGCUUGAUUAUGCAUUUGCUUCUCUUAUGAUCAACUUCAUGAGGGUCAAAUAAUCUUCGUUAAAGAAAUAGAUUUUGAAUUAAGCUGUACUUAUUUCGUUAUGUUCACGCAAUAUAUUAGUCGAUUCCGACUGAUUUUUAGCGAUUUUAAAUCGAAAAAGUGUACCAUCAUUCACCAUCCAAGAUUUUUUUUUUAUAUUUGGAUCAGUUUGGAAUAAAAUCUCACAUUGUUUCUAAUUUGAGCUAUAUUUUCAAAAUUCAUACAAAAAGUGUCUACCGUGCAAGCCUCUAUAUACUUAUAGAGUAUGUUCAAGUUAUUUAUCGCGAAAUGUAAAUGUGUUUCAACAAAUAAGAAUACUCAUUAAGCUGGUUAGCUCUCUAUGUAAUAACAACCUCACAUUUGGUGAUAUAAUUGAUCAAAAUAGUUUAUAACUCACACUGCCUACAUUAUGAGCCUAAAAUACGUUCGGCUAGCAAUAAUAUACCCAUUGUAUGUAAAAUCUGAUCGUUACAGUAUAAUUUCUAAUAAUGUUAACGCAGUAAAUGAUGAAAGAAUAUUAAGAUUCCAAUAUAUUAUCAAAAUAUAAUUUUAAUCACUCCUCUUUAUGGCUUGUCUUUAUUUAUUUUUAUAACAUACAAAUUUAGUCUUUAAUUACUCUUGCCUACAGUUUAUAUUUCGUUGUACUACUUUUUGUUUGUGUCAAAAAAGAUUUUAUUUUAAUAUAUACUUAAGACAUUGUAUGUCCAUAAGGUCGAUAUUAGAUUGCAUUUGCUUUAGUUCGAGAGAAUUCUAAUAGACGUCACAAACUAGAGGCUCGGUAUAAUAGGAAAGCUAUCUUAAUUCUAAAAGUUAAGGUUUAAUAUCGCGUAGAAACUUUCAAUUGCUAAUAUUAAGAGUGAUUAGAGUGGAAUUGAAAAGACUCUGUUACUAUACCUCGGAUCAAGUGCACUUUGUCUCAAACAACGAUAGUGCUUGUAUGUAAAGCUGUAAGGUUUAUAUUCCUUCGUCUUUAAGUGAGAGUUAUAGAUAUUCGAUUGAGCAUUUAAAAAAAAAACUAUUCUCGCAUUUAUUAAGAUCUCUUCGCGUUUGUUUAAAUUAAUUUUAUGUUUGUAUUAGAACAACGGCAGCUUUUGUAACAAAUUAUACAAAUUAUUAUUAUAAACUAAUUAACUUAUAAAACUUAAUUUUUGUGCAUUUUUUCGUGCCAUUUCUAUUUCUCUAAUAAAAAAAAAUACUAACUACAAACAUUUCAACUCGCAGCGUUGAUAUAUAAUUUAAAAAGUAUUCGAAUACACCGGGUAAAUACUUUUUUAUAAACAUCAUUUCGAACUAAAAUAUUCGGUACUAAUGUUAAUAAAAUUGAAUAACUUUCCCCAAAGAGUAAAGAAAAUAUUAUAAAAUCAUUCGUACCAAAUCGAUUGUGUUACCGUGCCUUUUGUAUUUCGAAUUGCAUAAAAAAUUGACGAUUCAAACAAUUUCUUUUUUAUAUCCGUUCCGUUAUACGUUGUAUUCGAUUUUUGAAAAAGACACCACGACCGUCUAAUCUCAAAUUCUUUUUCCCUCAUUCAUAAAGUCAAUAUAUCGGAACAAAAAACUCAACUGAAAAGGGAUUAUUCUUGUUCUGUCAUUCGUAAAAAUGUUGCCAUCUCUAAUAAAUAAGCAUUGCUAUUAAAAUAUUAAUUUGAGAGUGACGAAACGUACUAAUUGUUUAUGUUUGUAUGAACGAUACAGUUUGACUACAUGGUGUUUACGGGCCAAUAUUGAAAGUAGUAUAUUUAACUAUUUAAACACUGUUAAAAUCAUACAAAUUACUUGUACAUUAUAUCGUCAUAGUCGUAGAAUACUGACGGAUCUGACAAAGAUUACAUAUAAAGAUCCGUCAGUAUUCUACGACUAUGACGAUAUAUGACUUGAUAGUUUAGAACCUAAUAUGGCUCUAGUUGCAGCUCUCUAUCACAUGAUGCUUUAUUUGCUAUAAGCACAUGCAAUGUUAGUUGAUACGCUUCAGUAUUAGGCGACAUAGUGUGAAUUUUAUUUCGUAUUGUGCACGUUUAGUGUGUAAAUAAUAUAUUGUGCCUAUAUUUAGGUAAUCACGUAGCGUAUAGACACUGGCGAAUGGCUUAAGUAUGCUUUUAAUACCACGUAACUAGCGCAGUAACUUUUACGUACAAAAUAUACAUUUGUCUAUGUGUAUGCACGACGGGAAUUUAACUAACUUACUGUGUUUGUUGUUUCCGACGAUUGUUUCGAUUCUAUCUAAACGUCUGUCAUUUUUGACAGUCGUCUCGCCUCGCGCCGAAACUACUGUCAAAAAUGACAAAUACAGUUGUUACAUCAACCGUUAACUGUCCACUGCUGAACGUAGCCUCAGCCAUAAGGGUUUUGCCGGUAUUUGCCACGCUUGACAGCCAGGUUGGCAACCGCAGUUUGAAUUUUGGUGAUGUUUUAAGAAGGACGCAGCUGCCCAUCAUCAUCAUCAUAUCAGCUUUUAACUGUCCACUGCUGAACGUAAGCCUCCCCCUAAAGAGGGUUGGGAACCGCAGAUUAGUUUUUGGUAAUGUUUUAAGAGGGACGCUGCUGCCCAUCCCUCGGUCAUAAACUCCCUUAAGCGCCUCUUACGACACCCACGGGAAAGGAAGGGAUGGCAUAUUCUAUGCCGGAACCUAGACGGCUACGGCAUACACAAACAAAAGUUCGUUAAAUUCCCAUUGUGCAUGUAUAUAGACAUCGUAUUAAAAAAUUAAUAUAAUUUUAAAAAUAAAACAUUUUUUUUUGUGUGUUUGAGAAAUUUGUACCAAGAAUAAAGUGGUGAUAAACAAUACUACAUUCAAACGUUACUAGCAACAUGGUGAUGAAUGAUAAACUAGUAUGCGCGACGUAUUUGCUUGCCGAUUGCGUGUUGAGUGUAAUUUCGCUGACUUACCGCGUUAAUAGGUAGAAUUUACGUAUAAAAUAAGUUAUUUAAAAUACAAUUCGUAACAAAAAUAACAAUGUACAGUAAUUUAAUAAUGUAUUUAAACCAGAAACCUUUUUAUUCCAAUAAUUUGUCCAUUUUUCCUCCUUAAGGGAUAUCCCAAGGUUUUCAAAUGAGACAAAAAAUUAUACACCCCUAGUGUUGCAAGCACCCAUAGACUAUUUACAUUCAGAUGGGCCAUAUGCUUGUUUGUCGCAUUCGUGAUAUAUAUAUAUUUUUUUAUAUAUAAAUUCUAGAUGCUUAUUUCGAACUGUAUCGCCGAUUCAGUCACGUACAUAUUAUGCAAAUAACUCGUUACGUGAACUGCCUACAACCGAGAGAUAUUGUUCAGCCUUAUUAUUUUGUUUUAUCGCGUGAAUAAUAGUUUAGUUUUACAAUAAACCUAACUGACUAUACAUGCAUUUUGUCCCACCACCGCCACCUACUAGGCCCAUUUUUUACCGGAAUAAAAAGUACCCUAUUCCUCAAGUUGGAGUUCUCAAGAAAAAAUUAUAUGUACGUUGAAAAAAAAAUCCAAGUGUCAAGUGCGAGUUGUACAAAGAUUGGACGUGUAAAAAUCGCAGUAUCGUGUAUUAACCGUAUCUAUUAACGUUACGAUCACGUUCGCCUUCACCCGAUAUGCAUGUAUUGAAAACUUGAUAUUUAUCCGUGAAGCAGUUGUGUUUGCAUGGCUGUGUUUCGGUUUGAAGGGUGGGAUAUGGCGUGAAUUUACUGGGCACAAAGAAAUAACAUCUGAGUCCUCAGGAAUGGCAACGCAUGGGGGGUAUCAUGGGCGAAACAGUAUAGUCUGUUAUGUCCAUGGUACUGCUCAUGUCUAUAGGCGACGGUUACCACUUUCCAUAAGGUGGGCCGUCAGCUUGUUUGCCAUUCUAAGUUGUAUAAAAACAAAAAGUACCAAUAUUACCAAUGCCUACUUUUCUUUGAGAGCAUAAUAUUGAUUGUAUUUUUAAUAAUUCAUUUAAUACUGUGAUACUGGCAAUCUCACGAACAUUGUUUUUUUUUAUUUUUAUUUUAUAAUAAAGAAAUUUGUAUAAGAAUUGAAUUUGUGUCUAACUUGUUAGUAAGGUGUUCACAGUAUGUACUUACUAUGAAUAAUAAUUCAUUUGUUGCGUCUUUCUCGUCCUUAUACACAAAGACCUUUGAUAUAGCUUACCGGAUAAUGGCUCACGUUCCCUGCUGAACAAAAUAGAAUUAUUUCAUACUAAUGUUAUUAAUAUAAUUUUUUAAAACUUAUCAUUUUUAUCCGAUGUCAACAUAUCGUCAUAGUCGUAGAAUACUGACGGAUCUUUAUAUGUAAUAUUCGUCAGAUCCGUCAGUAUUCUACGACUAUGACGAUACAUAUGUAACGGAAGAUUAAUGAAGUCGCUGUGUUUCUCUCGGUUCCGACAAUUGUAUCGACUUUCGAAAGUUCUCUUCAAGGGGCGUUUGACGCUUUACGUCACAGCGUCUCGCCUCGCACUGUUAUUAAAUAUCAAUAAAAUAUAUAAGUUGCUUUAGACAGUUCAAGGCAUCACGAUUUAAAUUAAGUUUCCUUGAUAUAUUCUUUGUGUAUAAUUAUAUUUGAUAGUACUGCAAUUAAAUUCUUAUUCAUAGUAUAUUUCGCAUAAAAUUUUAGAAUAACUGUAGAAUAAUAAUUUUGAAAAUAC